AUGAACCGGAAACGUAUUCACCGGUACCGUWUCCCUAGUCACUCUUUUCAAACGCUGUUCACCACCACCACCACGGCUAUAUUGGUCACCGCCGCUAUCGUGUUGGCGAUACUAUCGCCGACGGUUUACAGCAGAGUAUACCAGCCAACACACAAGUUGCAGUCGUCUUGCGCGACCAUCGUUCCCCGACAAACAGUUGCCGUUUCGCGGCACUUCCGGUCAACGAAGACACACGUCACCACAGGCACAGACAGUGAAUAUAGCCGAUCUAUGACCACAAUGCACCAUCGAAAACGGCGCUACGUUGCCAGACUAAUAGGUGAAACCGUUACAAUGGGUCAGUCAGCAAACAAUACGUCAAACCAUACCCGUUGCUACAAGGUUAAGUUCACCACGCCUAUACCGACUACCAAACGUUGGUCACCGAUACUGAAAACAUACCCCAGUUUUCCGGUGACGAAUAUCACGGUGGCCAGUGUCAUCACGACCAAAGUUACUAAGAUAACCAAGGUAACCAAAGCUUCGACAACAACUGAAACUACUACCGAACCACCUGAAGAAACCCAAGAUACCGAAGAAAAAUCAUCGAAUGAAGAAACCAGCUCAAACGAAGAAGAUGCUAGUACAGAAGAACCUGUAUCUACAAAAGAAACUUCAAGUACUGAAGAAACGACCAAUUUAGAAGAAACGACUUUGGUCGAAGASACAACCACUAAGAAAAAAACGAAAAAGACAACCAAUGAAUCAGCAAAAACCGAAAAACCUAGUAUUACUACUGUUAAGUCUAGCAAUCCUACAGAAAAAGCGAGCAAAACCACUGAAAAAUCGAGCAAGGCGGCUGGAAAACCGAGUAAAACGACGAAAAAAAUGACUAARACWACAGAAGCAUACGAUGAGGUAGUGACGUGCUCGGAAGACCCCUCGUGCGACGAGGAACCUUCGUGCCUCGACGACGAAGUGACGUCUGCGAAACCGAAAAAGACGAWUAAGCCUCCACCGGUUARGAAAUCGACGGGAGUUAUAAAACCAAAAAAUCGGUCAAAAAAGCUACAACUGGAUAGCAGGAGACUGCCACCGACCAUAGUGCAUUAUCGAUCGUCACCGUCGUCGGCUAUAAUAACAUUGGACGAUUCGUUGUGGUCCGACGAUGGACUUAACUAUGAAUCACCGUGA